CGAACACGUUCGCCCAUGGGAGCGGUCAGACCCUGCAUGGUCGUGAUGAAUUAAAAGCGAGGCUGGGAGAGCGAUGAUGACGGAAACGGACGGGGCAGCACUGGAAUGCUGGCGACCGUCAGCCCACUUGACCCAAGGUUGGGCUCGAGAUAUUGCACCCUCGACACCCGUUCAAAACCUCAUGACAUCAGGACUGAGCUUUGCAAUCCGACCUCUGACCAGUCCAUCGUGCGAAUUGCUAGUGCUGGAUUAAGUUCAGCCGCUGGUUUGAUCCCAUCUUUGCCAUCCGACGAUCGCCGCCCAGCAGCUUCUUGCAACCUCCCUGAUAAGCACUACGUCACCGUUCUUGACGCCUCGCAGCUCCCUUUGACUUCAGCUCUGCGCCCCCCUCAUUCUUAUUCGUAUCCUCGCUCUCUUCUUUUGCUUCAUUCAGGAAUGACUGCCUCUGCCGCGACUCCAUCCCUACCUUUAUCAUGGCAACAGUCGAGCAGACCCCGGUUCAGCAUCGGAUCCCGCGCUCACGCUCCGAACGGCUAGCAGAUCAAGCUGCGACUGCUGCCCUUUAUGUCACCCAUCCAGAGCGUAGCGCCUCGCUUCGCUCGCCGAUAAGGGCAACCGAAAUCGACCCAGCUGUCUUAAGAGCAUCAGGUUCUCAGCCCGGACUUAGCAAUGCGUCGGCUGCAGCCGCACUGCUCGCGCACGCACGGAAGCAGGAACAUGGAGCCAAGCAGGCAGUGUCACCGUCUCAUGAGACCAAUCAUCGCAGAGCCACGUCAUCCAUUAACGACGGAUACCAGUACCAUGCUGCAUUGGCCGCUCUCAAGGAACAAAAAACUCCCGAAUACUAUAGUAAUAGGAGGAGGGCCGAGACUGCGCCGUCCGAAGCUGCGCGUGCCGGUGCAACCGCUAGAGUCGGUGCGACAACCGAGAGCGUGGGCGACCCUUUCGAUGAUCUGGAUAAAUACAUGAACGCGAGCAGGAUAAAGAAUGCCCACCUCAACCCGAAGCUCUUCACUGCUACGCCGCCUGUUCCCGCGGAAGUCGAAGAACUUCGGAGAAGGAGUAUAUUGGAGGCAGCUUCUAUGUCGAUGGCCAAGGAUAUGUAUGGGACCAUGGAUGCCAGAGGCGGAGGAGCUGCGGGCGUUCGCACUCGGCGGUCAGCUUCUGCCUCUAAGCCGCAAGCUACGACUCUGCAACAGGCGAGUACAAAUGUUCUCGGGCAGGCGCUGAACUUGCAUGAUGUUGCCCAGAAACGUGCCGCCCAGAGGAUAGCAGGUUUGGAAGAUGAAACGGCUGCUUUUCGAGACUAUUACGGAAUUGAACCGCAAGUCCAAAGGUCCAGUCUCACCGUCCGCAAACGCCGAGGAUCCGACGACACCGAGGAAUUUGAUGCGGAACGGUCAAGGGAAAUUAGAACUCAGAUGACGGCGCUGCGAUCUAAACUUGAUGCAGUUGAUGAAAAGAGGGAGAAGGAUCGUGCAUCCUUGAUGGAGCUCGCGAGGAAGAAUGUCGAUGCCGCUAUCCAGGACAUAGACAAACGUAUGUAUGCUGAACCUGGACAGUCUGUCGCGAUGCAGAAGUAUUUGGACGAAAAGGCAACACAGCGCGCACAGAAGGGCCUUGAGGACAUGGACAAGCAGACCCUGCUGGCUGAUACAGUCAAUAUCGGCGGUAGCAAGUACGUGGAGAUGGGCGACGUAGAAGACUUAGCGCGAUCUCGACUUCAGCCUACUUUUGACGAAAUUGACGACAGGGCACAGACCCAGAGAGCGCGAGACUUGGAGGCACGCCUUGAUGAGGAGCAGAAACAGCGCCUGGCGCAGCUUGAACAUGAGCGGGAGGCCGAUAUAAAGGCAGAGGAGGCGAAACAUCAAGAUUUUCUAAAGAAGAAGCAACACGAGAACAAACACAAGGCAGACACGGUCUGGCCGUGGAAGCGAAAGUCGAGACAGUUGCCGCAUGAUGAGUCUGAAGUAGACAAAACUACUACAGAGCGACCCACGGAGCGCGAAACCACUGAAGCCGCCGCUCUACCUUCGGAAGCCGCGCAGCGCCAGACUGAAGAAACAACCGCUUCGGAAGGCGACAGCGUCUUAAGACGAGAGUCAAAAUUCAGAAACUGGUUUAAGGACAGAAUAGGCCGUCGCUCCAGUGCACCACCUCCAAGGGAGACGAACGGAAUCCACGAAGAACAGACAGCGCAAGAUACGGCCGCCGUCACUGGUGUUGGCGCCAUCACUGGUACCGGGCGUGUUGAACGUGUUGAGCGUGCUGAGGGUCCCGAGAGGGCAGAAGGCCCUGAGAGGGAAGAGGUAGCGGACCGAAGAGGGAAAGUUUUCCAGACAGAUGACUCCGAAGACGAGUAUGAGUCGGCCGCAGAGCCUGCUACUCAGGCAUCGCGUGCCCCUAAAGAUACUUUUCGAACAGCCCCACUGAGGUCGAACCCCGUCACGGCGAAAGACCUCAGAGGACCACCGAACUUUGGUGGCGUUUCUGACGAUGACCUGAGUAAACUCAACGGAAUGUCACCCAGCGAAUAUGUGGCUGUCGAACAAGACUCGAAAGACAUCGUCAAGCAAAGCGAGAGCACAAAACACACAGGGUACAGCGCGGGAUCUGACGAUGAAUUGACCGCACCAUCGAAAAAGAGAGAAGCAGCGCGUGAGAGUGCCGCUCAGCAUUCCCUGCCUGCGCCUCCUACUAUCAGGGAAGUUGGUGGUAGCACUCGUCGAGCGAGUCAUAGCACCUCGGUCCGUGAAUCGCGCUUCUCCGAAGACUUAUAAUAAUAUGUGUUAGUUGUACUGCCAUAUAUCACUUUUGUUAUUAUAUCUCGUGUUUGCUUUAUUUCUCGGUUCGCCUGGGUUUAUGCCACGGUGGGAGUCAUUCGUUAAGGAAGAACGGGCGCUCAAUUAGGGCUUGGGUAGAUAAGAGGAUUAGGGAGAAGGAUUCACUUGUUGCUAUAUUUUUUGGAGGGCUUAUCUGGUCAUAUAUGUAUCUAUUAAUCUAUCGACUGAGAGUGUUUAUUUUCGAGCUCCCUGCCCUUUGAUAUCUACUUCUUCUCACACAAAGAUGAGACUUGUUUCUGUUGGUCUCUCCCUCGGCCUUGCCUCAAUGGCAAGGGCUGUUAGUUAUGGG